AUGACAUCAAACCUCGCGGAAUCGGUGAAUGCUAUGUUUGAUGUUGUAAGAGAAUUUCUCAUUGUCGCUCUAUUUGAGGAAAUAAGCAGAAGAUUUGCAUUGUUAUUUCACCAAAGGCGUAUGGAACUGGUGCACUACGCAAAUAAAUUUGUUCCUUCAAUUGAAAAAGACAUAUCAGAGUAUGUCAACGUGGGCAACAAGUUGUUGGCCCAUCAAAUCGCUAACUACAAGUUCAGUGUCACUGGGCAUGGAGAUGUUGCUAAUAUGGAUCUACAAAGAAGAACUUGUACUUGUAGAAUUUUUGAUUUGGACAAAAUACCUUGUCCACAUGCCAUGACAGCGAUUCGAUGCCAACAUGGUGCCGAUUUUGGAAAUCAGAUUUACCUGUACUCCUCUCCAUAUUAUUCAGUGGAAAAAUACAUAAUGGCAUAUUGUCAAGAAAUUCACCCGGUGCCAAAUGAAGUGUAA